UGGGAACUGACUAGAGGAACGGAAAAUGGCGGACCUCGAAGACGUUACGCUGGACGGGAGACCGCUCCAGUCUCUUCGAGUAGCAGAUUUAAAAGCUGCUCUUGAGGAGAGGGGACUUUCGAAAAGUGGACAGAAGAAUGCUCUCAUUAAAAGACUCAAAGGGGCUCUUAUGUUGGAGAACCUGCAGAGGACCUCCACAGCUCACGUUGGACUGCAGCCAAACUCUCAGAUUGGUGAGGAAAUGAGCCAGAACAGCUUUAUCAAGCAGUAUCUGGCUAAACAACAGGAGCUCCUGAGGCAGCGUCUGGAGAGAGAGGCUCGUGAAGCAUAUGAAACAAAUGAGCAAGAGGACCACGCAGAAGUUAACAAUAGUACUUCAUGUCCUCCUCAAGCCCAGGAUGUUACACCUGCAUUGGCUGAGCAGCAAAAGCCACCAGGCCCCUCUGGUGGAGAGGGAAUGUUUGCUGGAGGGAAUGAGGGAGAGAGUAACAGGAACCAGGAGGCUCACAUGUCUGGUCCUCCAGCGUCUGGCUCUGUGGCCAUGCGUGUUCCUGAGAGGGGUUCUGCAUCCAGCGAAGUUCCAGCUGACAGCGACGAUGAGGAUAGCGAGGAUGGAGAGGAGGAUGGUGACGAUGAUGACUGGGACAGCGGUGCUCGGAGGAGAAGCCUCAGAGAGCCAGCUAGAGUACCCACGACCAGAGAGAGGUCCGGAGCAUCCUGUCAACCCCAGCAGCAACACAUCCCUUCCCUUUUGUCUCCUCAGCUACGCCAGCCAACACCUCCCCCCUCCCCGCCUCCAGAGUUGUCAUUCCCCUUACCUGACACCCCUAAACAGAGCCCCCCUAGUCCAGAUGUAGCCCCAGCUAGGCGCUCACCCAGUAGCUCCAGCUCUGGUUCCUCCAGCAGCGGCAGCCGCAGUAGCAGCCCAGAGCCACAGAGGAGUGGACAUGCCGAACGCAAGCCCGGACCACUGACCCUUCUGGCACGUAAAAUGGAGUCGGAAGGUGCUUUCUCUGGAGCAGGUUGGCACGGCGGCGAUGGGGAAGGCGAUAGACAGGAAAGCAGUUCGCCUUCAGCUGCAUCGUUCCCCGGCAGAGGGCCUCCAGAGGGUCUGGUAUCUGCCAUCACUCACACAGCCAACACUGCAGGCCAUGUGCCAUUUCCCAUGAUUCCAGGCACCAACCAGGGUGUCACAGGAGCACAGUUGGCCCAUAUUCAAGUACCCGUGAGUGUGCUCAAGGCCACUGCAACAGAAGAGAGGGACAGAGAGAGGGACUCUGAGAUGGAAAGAGAAAAGGCGUUUGAGCUGGAAAGGCAAGAGAAGCAGAGAAAACUUGAGCAAGAACGAGCAAUGGAGGUAGAGCGUGAAAGAGCUCUUGCACUAGAGAGAGAGGAAAAGCAGAGAGCUUUGGAGAAAGAGCGAAUUGAGCGACAGCAGGCCUUAGAAAGAGAAGAACGGGAAAAAGCUUUACAGCGGGAGAGAGAACUUGCUCUGGAGCGAGAGAGGCAGGAGAGGGAGCUUGCUCUGGAGCGAGAGAGGCAGGAGAGGGAGCUUGCUAUAGAGCGAGAGAGGCAGGAGAGGGAGCUUGCUCUAGAGCGAGAUAGGAAGGAGAGGGAGCUUGCUUUGGCUAAAGAGAGAGAGGAGCGAGAGCAAGCCUUAGCACGAGAGAGGGCCCUGGAGCUGGAGAGGCAGAAGGAGAUCGAAAGACAGAGGGCUCUGGAACAAGAACGUUUACAGAGAGAAAGAGAGGAGAGGGAGAAACGAGAGAGAGAAGAAAUGGAGAGAGCGCUGGAGCUAGAAAGAGCCAAGGCUUUGGAGAGGGAAAGGGAGGAGAGAGAGAGGGUUCUUGAGCAAGAGAGGUUAGAGAGAGAGAGAGCUUUGGAGGCUGAGAGAAAGGAGAAGGAGAGGAUUGAAAGAGAGAAGGCCUUGGAGCAAGAAAGGUUAGAAAGGGAGAGAGCCUUAGAGCAAGAGAGGAUAGAGAGAGAGAAAGCCCUGGAACUAGAGAGGGAGAGAGCCUUGGAGCAAGAGAGGAUAGAGAGAGAGAAGGCCUUAGAGCGGGAGAGAAUUGAGCGAGAGAAAGCCCUGGAGCGAGAGAGAAUAGAAAGAGAAAAGGCUCUACAGCAGGAAAAGUUAGAGAGAGAGAGAGCUCUAGAGCAGGAAAGGUUGGAGCUUGAGAGGAAGGAAAAAGAGAGAAUUGAAAGGGAGAAAGAAUUAGAACGAGAGAGGAUAGAGAAGGAAAAGGCCUUGGAACGAGAAAGGGAGGAAAAAGAGAAGGCGGCGAGGGAGGCAGCUCUGGAACAGGAGAGGAUGGAGAAGGAAAGAGCUGAAAAAGAGAAGAAAGAAAGGCUAGAGAGGGAGAAAGCUCUAGAGCAGGAGAAACUCGAAAGGGAGAGAAAGGAGAAAGAGAGAGCUCAGGAAGAAGAGAGGGAAAGGGCUCUCGAACGCGAAAGAUUAGACAAAGAGAAAGCCAUACAGAAAGAGAAGGAGGAGCAGGAUAGGGCCUUGGAACAGGAGAAAGAGAGAGCUAGGAUGGCUGAAAAGGAGAGGGAGAGUCACCUCCCUCCAUCCAAACGUGGCCGGGAGAUUGGUCUCACCCCCCUGCCCACUCCUCCCCCCCUCUCCACAGGACCAGCUAGAAAAUCAUCGACUGAUGCAGGAGAGCAGGAAGAUGUCCAUGCUCCAAUGUCCCGGAGUGAAACCCAAGCAGCAGAGUCCGGUGCAUCGAUGUCACCAACACCUCUGUCGCCACAGUCCUCAUUUAAGAAGUUCCGGUUCUUAAGGGACUCUCCGAUUCAGCCCCAAUCUUCCUCCACUUCCAUGGUUAUCAAGCGGCCCCGUACCUUCUCUGAUACCCCCCAGCCUCGGGCCUCACCUGUCUUCUCCCCCACCAGUUUUGGGGAACGACAGCAGGAAGGACACAAGCCCUCUGCUGAACAGGAAGAUCCACAGAAGCAGACAAAACACGAGGUUGUUGCCGGGCCACCGGGAUCGGUUAGGAUCCAGUCUAAGAAGGAGACAACUGCUGGCACCACAUUGAGCCAGAGUUCCACAAAAGAAAGGGCCACAAGUCUCGUAUCAGAGGACAAAGAACAGGCAGAUUCAUUGAAGACUGAACAGGCUGCCAAGGAAUCCACCAAAAAGGCAAAAGAAGUGGAUGAAAGCAAGCGCCCUUCGAGUCCAGUGGAUGCCUCACAGCGGAAGGGAAGAGAUGCAAAGAAGGAAGUGAAACAAACGAGACAGCGGUCAUCAUCUAAUGAUUCCUCUUCCUCAGAAUCGGACUCUGGGUCCUCAUCAUCAUCUCGGUCCUCGAGGUCAUCCACGUCUUCUCAAGAGGACACUUCCUCCACCUCCAGAGGUAGAAAGGACGGGAAACCUGGAAGAGAUCCCUCACCGCAGCACAGGGUGACAGGAGACGCUCAGGCUGAGGGUUUAAAGGAAAUCCCAAAAGCCUCUGCUCGCAAAAGAGAGAUGUCUGGAGAGAGGAGUAACACAACUGCUGAUGGAGAUAGUCACACCAAGACACCUUUCAUUGAAGCUCCAACCCGAGAGGGGACACAAAGAAAAAGAAAGCACAGCGAAGCAGAGGAGGAAAAGGACAAACAAAGGCAGGAGAAAGAAACUGCUAUGGCAGAGCCAGAGAAGCUUCCAGAGACCAGCGAGGAGACACCGAAGGCCUUCGCAGCUCGUAAGAUCUCUCUUAGCAGCAACAAAUUGUCCCCGGUCAGUGCAGAGAGUGAGCAGGAGUCUGGGGCUGCGGCCGGUCGCAAGAGGAGGUGGGGAUCCAGCACAGCUGUCACUGCCAAGAAACCUUCCAUCAGCAUCACCACAGACUCUCUCAAGUCUCUGAUCCCAGACAUCCGGCCGUCUCUUGGCCAGGAGGCAAUAGUGGAUCUGCACCCGGAGGAAGCUGUCCUCUCUGGGAUUGAGGAUGAAGAGAGGGAGCGCUCUGACCAGGACCUUCAGAUCCGUCGCACUGUCACACAGGUGGUGCACCCGGAGAGCCAGGAGAAUGGACAGAAAGAGGCGAAGAGGAGCAGACAUGGGGAGCUGGAGGAGGAAGAUCUACGAGGAGACGGAGAAAGCACGAAUGAAGAGAAAAUGGAAACCUCUUUUCCUGGAGCAGUGGAAACCCAAUCACCAUCACAUACCAGCCAUGAUGUAGAAAUCAACACUGUGACCCCCAGCGACACCUUCAUUCGACGCUCCAUCAGCCAACAGAAAACAGGUGUUUCUAUCACAAUCGAUGACCCUGUUCGCACGGCACGGCAGCCUUCACCGCCUCGUGGCAAAGUCUCCAACAUUGUUCACGUCUGCAACCUGGUGAGGCCGUUCACUUUGGGGCAGCUUAAGGAGCUUCUCAGCCGAACUGGAUCCCUGGUGGAGGAGGGCUUCUGGAUUGACAAAAUCAAGUCUCACUGCUACGUCACUUACUCCUGCUCAGAGGAGGCCGUUGCCACACGGGAAGCUCUUCAUGGAGUGAAAUGGCCUCAGAGCAACCCAAAAGUCCUUAGCGUGGACUUCUGCCAGCAAGAUGAGCUGGACUUCCACAAAGGCUUGGGUGCAGCUGACAGACCCGGAGCUGAGGAGCAGGGUCCUGGCUCCGGCCGUGGUCGAACACCAGGCCUUCCCUCUCUCCUCCCGGAGCGAGACCAGUGGGCUGAGCGUGAGCGUGAAAUGGAGCGUCGGGAGAGGGCUCGAGCUGAGCGGGAGUGGGAUCGUGACAAGGUCAGAGAGUUUGGGAAACCUGGAGAAGAGAAAGAGGGAGGUCCUCGGAGGUCGCGCUCUCGAGAGAGGCGGCGUAAGGAGAGGGGAAAGAGCAAGGAGAAGAAGACUGAAAAGAAGGACAAAGCAGCCGAGGAUCCACCUGCAAAGCUGCUUGAUGACCUGUUCCGCAAAACUAAAGCAGCUCCUUGCAUAUACUGGCUUCCACUUACAGAGGAACAGUUUGUUCAGCGAGAAGCUGCCAGAGCAGAGCGGAUGAAGGAGCGUGAGAAACGGAGGAAGGAGCAAGAGGAGGAGGAGGAGAAAAAAAGGGAAGAGGAGCGCAAGGAGAGGAUGAAAGCUGGAGGUGGCACAACAGGAGACCGGAGUGAGGGUGAGAAGGACAAGGACAGAGACAGAGAGAGGGAUAGAGACAGAGACCGAGGUAGAGACAGAGACAGGGAGAGGGAAAGGGAGAGGGAAAAUGACAAACGCAGGGAUGGCUACCGUAGGCCGGGGGGCAGCGGGGCAGGAGGGGGGCGACGCUCACGCAGCCGCAGCGACCCGCGAGAAAGGCGACGUUAAUGGCAAAUCAACUGACGGAACUGUCCUAGAGACCACCCUCUUCCAUUUGCCUUUCACUACAUGUACUUUGUUACAACUAAGACCCAACAGAGGACCAACUGAUGUCGUCACCAUCUCUCAAAUUGUCACCUUUUUUAAAGCACAUCUACACCUACACACAGUCAUGCUUAAAGGGGACCAUGAUUUUUUUGCAGUGUUGUUUCCCAGAGUGCUGUACGUCUUGUUCCUGUCGAGGUUCGAUAUAUUUUUCUUUAUACAUUUGCCUCUCUUUAUCUUUGGUUUUUGCUUUGACGGCAUAGCAGUAUGGCACACUGGGUAAAAUUUUGAUUAAUUCCCCCAAUGUUCCCCACUUGCCCUAAAGUGUAGGUGCCAAUUAUGAUUUGCAAUCAAUUGCCAUCGCCUCAGUGUUUAACAGCUCCGCAGUUUGGAUGAGGAUUCCUUUUUGUUGCUGCAUGUAGUCCAAGGUUCUCCUUGCCGGUCCUGCCCAGAGAGAAAACUCGGCCCUUUGUGCAGAGGCUGGCAUAAAUCUGAAAAUAUUGGAAUAAGUGUGUUUGGCAUUUUGUACAGACAUAUAAGAGUAAUCAAAAUCAUGUCUUUAAAUGAGGCAGCUCUGGGGUAUUUUUGGACAGAUGUGGAAUAACUACUAAGGCAAUGCAGUGUUUGUCUCUCCCUCUGUUUAGUUCAAGAGAUGUCUCUGCGGGAGAGAAUAUAUGUCUGUCGCACCUGACACAAGUUAUGAUUAUGUCCUUAUAAUUGAUUUUCUUCUUCCUCCCUCCUUUCCUCCUCUUCCUCCAAUUCUCUUACCCUGUAGUGUCGAUACAGGCCCAAGAGGGGAGGUUGCAUUAUGAGUUUUCUCACCAAUGGUUUUAAUAUUGUUUUUUAAUCGUUAUUUUAUCAUUUAGUACAAAGGUUUGUUUUUGUUUUUUUUUUAAUUUUUAUUUCUUCUUUGAGUACGCCUAUCAGUGGUGAAUGUACAAAUAAUAAAAAAUUGAAGUUUGAAAUUAUU